UGACGGUGCGCUGUGCAACUUGGCGCAAAUUGCGUUGGCGCCCUGCGAAAAGAAGGGACCGGAGUCAGGCGGGCCAAGACUGCUGAAGUGACUACGCAAAACAGGACCAUCACGCUCUGCCCAAAGAGACAAGCACAUGCCCAGAGGGCGGCAGUGUACCUGUGGAUGGGCUUUGUUGGGAACGAGUCAACGAGGCAGCAAGAAACAUCUCUACAAAGUUGAGGAAAGAUUCGUGUGCUGAGGGGGGACUAGCUCGGACUUUUGUCUAGGGGAUUCUGGCCGCUGGGGAGCACCUGAGGGCCUGUGUGAUUCCUUUUCGACGACAACGGAAGCGGCGCCUGGUGGAAAAACGUUUUGUUGAAGUUUCUCGAAAACUACGACUCGCAACUUUCGUCUCAAGGAGUGUUCCGUUGGUGACGUGUGCUCUUUCUCAGCUUCAGAUAUUCGCGGCCCAUCGGGCCGAAAAGUCUCCGCCGUGUGUGUUAAAGUGGCAAAUCUGUAUAUUCAUCGUCCACGUGUCAACGAAAAUGAAUACCUUCUUCUUGACACCGGCUGCUGCAGCAGCCAGACGAGUGGCCGUGUCGUUUUUUGCUCGAAGUAGCGCGAGUGGGUUUCCUCAGCAUCGGGUUGCCUUGCGCCCCUUUCCGUCACAGCGUCCGGCAGAGAGAGCACACAAUCUCGCUAAAUCGCAGACGCUGAGGUCUGUUAAAGCACAUGGCCGCCAAUCGGGGAAGAAGGAACAAAGUACAGAAAGCGGAGGGCGACGGGGUUUCCGUGCUGCGGUGGGCGCCGGGACAGGAUGCAUGCUGGCAGCAUCUCCAAUGUUGUUUACAGACUACGACAACACCGCGUCUCCGAAGAGCGAGUUGAUUUUUAUGGCAGGCAACGCGCUCGGCUACUGUACGGAACGCUUCUUCGAGAACGAGUACGGUCAGAGCAUCUUCAUGUUUGCCUUGGGUCUUGCAUAUCUCGCCAUGCUUGGGCACGAAGGAAAAAUCCAUGGGGCUGUCUGGCGGAUGAAGCACCUCUUUGCAACCAACUUUAAAAUGGUCGGCCACCCCCGAUAUGCCUACGCCCUCCCAAAGAACCCCCUUCUUCAAGACGCAGCCCCAACCAAGACAGGAUCUACCUCCGCCAAGAAAUGAGUUGAGGCAGUCAAACCUUUGCGGCGCCAGCCGUCAGGUCCAGUGCUGUGCGUAUCCAAGCAUUCGUAUGUCGGUAUCAAUGCAUCAUUCCGUGUGCCCGCAUGUGCGUGCCUACGCAUCAACUGAAGACAAGGCUGAAAAAACUUGGCGAGUGUUGGAAGCGUCAGAUUCAUCGUCCUCUCGAGUCCCGUGGUGAACUGUGAACGGGUCCGUUCCUGUGUGAAUCUCGCCUCCCGGCAAGUGUGUGACAACUCUAUCUCUCCAGCUGGACGUGUUCAAUCUGUGGCCGUUGCUUCGCUUGAGUAUGAGUAGCAGUGGAAAGCAAACUUUCGGAGACAGAUUUCAAGUCAUCGGGUAGCACCA